AUGGCCGCUCAAACGGAAGAUAUUCCCGAUCCGCUGCCGGUUCUCGCUUACCAGUUUGAUGAGUUCGACCUUGAGAAUGAGUUGAGAGAGGAGGAUGAGCUGAGGAUGGAAAGGGAGGAGGAUGGGUUCGACUUGGGUGAGCUGGCUCCUUUGGAGGGCUCAGAGUGCCCCGAUAUCCUCCUGUUGAAAGAGGAAGAGGAUCUGGGAGAGGUCGAAAACGAGCAUAAGAGCUCCAAGGCCGACAAACGGGCCAAUGCUUCCUCAUCUAACCCUUUACCUCUUGACGCCCCUGAAGUUGAUUCUGCCUAUGCAUCGGCGUCCUUUCCCGCCCGCCAACCCGCUGACGAAGCACAAAAAUGCAAUUCCUCGUCGAAGAGGCGCAGAAAGCGCAAAAAGUCCGGCGCUGAUGAUCAGGGGACGGAUGGACCGAAGAGGAAGAGGGGUAAGAACAGCCUGAAGAAGAAAUGGGCGGGGUUGGACCAAAGAAAGAAAGACAAACGAAAGGAGGACGCUGCACGAAGGGCGUAUGAUCGCAGCCUUAGGCCUAACGCGUUGAAGGAGGCUUGA